AUGCUUUCGACCGUCCUUGUGGCCAUCGCAAUCGCGGGUCAUGCCGAGUCGGCCAUGGACCAUUUGCAGCUUCUGCAGCAGAAGGUGAUCCUGGCUCCAGAAAAGCAAUGGAAGCGCUUGCGCGGUGCUGAACCGCUAAAUUGGAUCCACUUCCCGAAAUGCGGCAGCUCAUUGGUCAACGGGAUCAUCCACAUGCCUGGUUUUUGCCCAGUCCUGGACAAUGUCACGAUGAGUGACGAGAUCCAAGGCUGGUGUUUUCUGAACACUUGGUUGCCACAAGGUUGUCAGCAGCAGUGCAACACGGACUACUUCUUAUGUGCUAGACCGCACCAUCCGGUUGGCAAUUACUCCAGCCAGGAAGGCCAUUUGGUCGGCAUGUUCCGAGAUCCCGACCAGCGAAUCCUCUCGGGCUACCAGGGGCCUUUCUCGCGCCCCACUAACAAUACCGACUACAUAAAAGUUGUUAUUGAAGGGGUUUGUGAUCGUGCGGCAAUGGCAAGAAUCAUGUCUUUGCCUCAAAGGCCCAUUCAUGAUUUUGCUGAGUCGUGGAAAGGUGGUAUGACAUAUCAGCUGCUGGCACCUUCAGAUGCACAUAUGAUGGACCCAACCCGAAGAAAGAUGACGCGGGAAGAUGCAGUGGAGGCAGCUCGAAGAGUGACGGAAGGCUUUGCCUUUGUGGGCAUCACAGAAGAGUGGGACUUGUCAAUGUGUCUUUUUCACAAGACCUUCGGGGGAACUUGUAGGGCCUCAGACUUCGCAAACACACGGCCCACUUUUGCAGGGAAGUCUGCGCACACGAACUAUGACACGUCUCAGCUCGUGGGCUGGCAUGACGACAUUGAUGAAAUAGUCUACACGGCGGCCCUGAAGGUCUUCCACAAGAACCUGAUCCUACUUAAUGUGUCUCAUGACACCUGCCAGGACUGCUACAGAAGCACCAUCCACGUCGCACACCAUCGCCUAAUCGUGACGACGAUCCUCAGGGAGCCCAUCGAGAGACUUCGUUCUUAUUACUACUUUGGCGGGAACGGCUUCCUCCCAAACUUAACUGUCGAACAUGCUGAUGUCGGGAACCGGGCGGCUUCGCAUCAAGGUUUCAAGUCCUGGUUGAAGUUCCGCAGGGACUUUAUCACCGGCAACUGGUCAUAUGAGCAAUUCCUGCAACAAGCUUCAGGUAAGGAUGCUGGAUCCACCUCCAGGUUCAUGCUCUUGCGGUCCUGCUGUGAGUACGAGACUUGGCUGGGGGAUGGCUCGGUCGAGAGGGCGAAGCUCGCUCUUGCUACGCAGUUCGACCUGGUUGGCAUCACUGAAAGGCUUGAUGAAGGCUUGGUGAGCCUUGGCAAGCUCUACGGCCAGACGCCUCAGCAGCUAGCUGCCGUCUUCCGAAGCAUCCCAGAAAUUUUCGAUAACAGCGACAAUAAGCUCGACUGGACCGCAGAGGAGAAGGCAUUGGCCACGAUCGUAGCAGACAAGAGCACGGCCAUUUACAACUUUGCGCAGGAGGUUUUCCAGCGCCGGGCUGUCACGCUCUUCGGCAGCGAGGAGAACAUGCUGGCUGCCGUCGAGACCUUCAAGAAGCUCAACCCAGACAGCUAG